GUUCGAACACCUUUUUAAUAAAAAGGAGGUUCAAGGUUCGAUUCCUUCUCCCUGGUCUUGUGAAUAUGGUUUUCGUGAUGGGCCUGAUGAGUUGGCUCUGGAUCCGCCUCCGGGCCUCUCCUCUGGGAGGGCUUAUGUUGGGCUCGCAACUCCGCCCCGCCUAUAAGGCCCAGGUUGACUCUAGCUCCUUCUCCAGACUGAGGCCCCAAGAUAUUGAGGCCCUGUGCUGUGGGUCAGACCAGCACAGGACCAAAUUCCAAAAGCAAAAAAAAGAAAGAGAAGGAGACAGGGGUAGGAAACUGGAUGCUCUUUUGGGGAGAAACUUCAGAGCCAGCAAAUUGAAGGUUGUAACAAACCUUGCUGUCUCAAGGAUCACCAUCCUCAGAAAGCAGAGGCAAGCUCGGUAUUCACAGGCCAAGUCUGAUGUGGUCGACAUCCUGAAACUUCAACAACACGAAAGAGCACUCAUUCGCGUAGAGUUUGUGGUGAAGGAUCGAAACAUGCUCGAUGCGCUUGACAUGAUGGAGAACUACUGCAGGUUCCUGAUAGAGAGAGUCAUGUUUCUUGAGAAGAACAAGUUGGAAAAUGAGCUGAAGGAGGCAAUCUCAAGCUUGAUCUUUGCAUCUUCGAGGUGUGCAGAGUUCCCUGAACUGCAAGAGAUUCGUGGCAUCUUCCAACUGCGAUUCGGGAAGGAAUUCAUUGCUCGAGCCAUCAAGCUGCGCAACAACUGUGGAGUAAGUCCAAAGAAGCUCUCAGCAAUGCAGACAACCUUGGAAAGCAGGAUUGAAUUGUUGAAAAACAUUGCUUCUGAGGUCCAUAUCACCCUCGAUUUGAAACUCCAUGGUCAUCCACCACCUGCAGCUGAGCUCGUGAGAGAGGACGUCGUUGAUGAUCAUCACAUGAAGCAAGAAAAUUCAAUCCCAGAUGAAGAGCUAAUUUCUUAUGAGCCGUUAAGAGCAAGAAAUAGGUACACAGAUGUAGCAGCUGCUGCACAGGAAGCUUUUGAAUCAGCAGCUUAUGCAGUCACAGCUGCUAGAGCUGCAAUCGAGCUCUCGAGAUCCAGAUCUCACCACUACCACCAAGAUGAUCACGACACUAGCUGCUCGGAAUCGGAAAGUGAUGAAAAAAGCACCAAGCUUGAUUCUGCUGACAAUGGAACAGUUGCAGAGUCACCCACAACCAUGGAUAAACAAAUUAUUUUAUACGAGGCCUAUGAAGAAGAAGAGGGUGAAAAUGAUCAGCAGCUACCUGGUAACAUUCCAGCUCUACUAGAGUACCAUAACUUGGACCAAGAAAGUGGGGAAACCGUAAACUGGGAUGGGCUGAAAGUUUCAUCAGAUAGACCCUCAAACAAUUUGGUACAGCAGUUACAUGUUCCCCAAUCUAGGAGAGUGAGGAAGAACACACACUAAUAAAACAUAAUCCUUGAGGGAGUGGGAUUCUUCUCUUUUCCUUAUUUCUGUUUUCUUUUUCUAGCUUCUAUUGUCUAAAGAUCCAGCAGCUGUCUAGAAAGAGGACAAAUAAACAUUAUCAGCUAAGAUGACAACUUGACCAAUUCUACGUUACAUGGAUUACUUUCUUUUCAAAUCAAUACCAUACUAGCUUGGACCCUGCCCUUUGGCCAGGUAGUUAUUUUUUUCAUUGGACACACACUAUUCUGCUUCAAAGAGAAACUAAAAAGUGCAGCUGAUACAUGAGUGGACUCCAGAGUCUCUCAUUAGAGUCAUUCUAACAUACACGAAAAGGGAAGCCCGCCUUGUACUCGAUUUGGCAAGCAUUCAACUUUUACAUCCGAAUGACAAAAGAACAGGAUUCUACGUUCACCCUUAUCAGAUGCUCCAGGUUUAAAGUACAGAAGCUACUAGUAUAAGCAGUAACCAGAAUAUAAAGUGCGAAGAGUAUG